ACGUCUUAUCAAUUUCAGUGUUCCGUGUUGUGCAUUGGUUGAUUAUUUGUUUUACUGACAUCUCGUGAAGCAUUUACGAAUUGUGCGAUUGAAAUUUCCAAUGCGGUUAAUACCUAGUCCAUCGAAAUAAAGGGGCAUUCUACAGUCUGCACAGUUCACAUGAAGAAGCAGUUUUAUGCUCGGUACAAAAUAGCCUAUUUACUAUUUUGCAGCCAGUAUCAUAAUUAUCUCGAACUCAGUGUCCAUCUGUGAGUAAAUAUGAAGUUUUAUCUUUCGUUAGUUUCUGCAGCAUUAUUAAAUGUUGCAUUUUUUGGAUGUGUGUCAUUGGUGCACGGUCAGUGUACUGAUGGUAGAUGUGUUGGGUUUGCAAAAUGUCAGAGUAAUUUUGGAGGAACAAACAUAUUUGACUUAAGAAUUGGUGCCGAAGUGGAAGGGGAAUGUGAUCACUACUUAGAAGUAUGUUGUGAUAUAAAAGAUAUAAUAGACGAUAAUCCUCAACCACCAUCGCCGGCUCCGGGUCCUGGAGGUCCUGGUGGUCCUGGUGGUCCUGGUGGUCCUGGUGGUCCUGGUGGUCCUGGUGGUCCUGGUGGUCCUGGUGGUCCUGGUGGUCCUGGUGGUCCCGGGUCCUCCGGGUCCACAUUCCUGGACUGCGGGCUUCGAAAUCCAGAUGGUGUUGGUUUCAGAACCAUCAACGGCAGACACAACGAAACAGAAUUUGCGGAAUUUCCAUGGAUGGUGGCACUUCUGGAAUCGCAAAUGUUGCUAGACGAAAUGUCUCAAACGUUUAUUUGUGGAGGAUCGCUGAUCGCUCCAAACGUUGUGCUUACCGCUGCUCAUUGUGUUCAUCAGAAAGAUGCUGGAUCUCUCACUGUGCGUGCUGGUGAAUGGGACACUAGAACGGAAAAUGAAGUUCGUCCAUACCAGGAGCAAAAAGUUCGCAGCAUCAUCGUGCAGCCAAACUACAAUUCAGCAACGCUGUUCAACGACGUCGCCCUAUUAGUUCUAGAACACCCAUUCCAAGCAGAUGAUAACGUUCAGCUGAUCUGUUUGCCUCCACAAGGCGCAACGUUCACCGACAGAAACUGCUACGCAAUCGGAUGGGGCAAAUCCAACUUUGAUUCCGACUCGUACCAAGUGAUUUUGAAGAAAGUGCAACUACCCAUGGUUUCACAUCCGGACUGCCAGACUGCUUUACGAGGAACGAGGCUGAAGGGAAACUAUCGAUUGCAUAACUCGUUCGUUUGCGCUGGUGGUGAAGCCGGGAUUGAUACCUGUACAGGUGAUGGAGGAUCGCCGCUGAUGUGCCCCUUCAGCGGAUCAGAGACCCGCUUCUACCAGGCAGGAAUUGUUUCGUGGGGCAUCGGAUGUGGUACGGCAGGUGUACCCGGCGUUUACGCGAAGAAUAGUAUGUUCACAGAAUGGAUAAACCAAGAAUUGCAAAAGCAUAGGGUGGACGGAGAUCUAUUUGACUGAGCUGAAGUAAUUGAUGUUGAAGAUAGCUGCUUUUCAUUUGCAAAACACGCAAAUGAAAUUGAAUUGUUUUUUUCUGUGUCUCAGAUGGCAAUAUGGACAACUAAGUGCACAACGUAUUGAAAAAUAGUUUUAGUGGCGAUUUAUGAAUUUUGAUGACAGCCAGAGCCGAACAAGGACUUAAAUUAUGUGACAAAUCGACAAGUUCUUUGCUUUGUCGUUUCCACUACAUAGCACCAUCUGCAUAAAGCAGUGUUUCGUGAAACAUGUCCACCAUGUGAACUAGAUGAUGAAUUUUCACGAAAAUUGUACUAGGUGUUACGUCGGUUUUUCUGUGCAACAACACAUAACAGAAUCACUGCGGCUCACCUUCCCAUUUUUCAUCAGAAUCGUCCGAGAGUCCAGAGUCAUCUGGUUUCUCGGUAUAGACCAUCAGCACCUCGAUAUGUACCAGCAUCAGCCUCGACAGAAUGAUCCAUUCCUACAGUUUCCCGGUGGUGUUGAAGCUUGAAAGAUCUGUCCCGGGUUUGACCAGUAGAACCAAUCAGGUACAUCCGAUAUAGCAAUUUUGAAUACGUCUGGGGUAUCGUCUGGGCCCGAAACCCUGUUCAAUUUAAGCGACUUAGCUAUUACGAUGAGCUCAUCAUUCGUCGCCGGAGCGAGCUCGCUUUAGCUGGUUUAGCUACAGGGGACGGGGACCAUCCCAAGUAGCAUUUUAAGUUUUGUUCGGCUCUAUAAGAGAUCUUAAUGAUCAAUUUUAUAAAACUUGCAAUAAAACUGAUUUAUACAUCAAAACCUCUUGAUAACCUCUUUAAGAGCUUCUUCCGGCUAAGUGGACUACUCUCGGAGAGGUUUUGCAAACAGCAUUAAGAGUAACAAUAAAAUCGUUUUAAAACCUAGUUGAAAAUGUUUGCAUUCUCGAAAAGAGGUUAAGAUCUGAGAGAGAGGAGACAGCUGGCUUCGAUUGCGUGCUACUUAAUGUCAAGGAGGACCUGUCACAAACUGUCACCGCGAACCGAACUGAAAAUCGCACAUUGAUGGUGUGAAGUGGCCAAAUAUCCAAAAGAUCUUGUCAAAAUUUUGCUCCGUUUGUUGUAUUUAAAAAGAUAAAAUAAUAAAUAAUCAGAUAAAAUAAUCAGUUUCCCUACCUACCUUUCCCCUACCUUUCCCUACCUAAAUUCAACUACCCAAGUAACAUUUUAAGUUUUGUUCGGCUCUAUAAGAGAUCUUCAUGAUCAAUUUUAUAAAACUUGCAAUAAAACUGAAUCAUACAUCAAAACCUCUUGAUAACCUCUUUAAGAGCAUCUUCCGGCUAAGUGGACCACUCUCGGAGAGGUUGGCAUUAAGAGUAGCAAUCAACCCGUCAUAAAACCUAGUUGAAAAAUUUUCCAUUCUCGAAAAGAGGUUAUGACGAUCGUUGUUUUUUUUUUUUUUUAAUAAAAACUAUGACAGCUCAAGAUGCAUAAAAACUUCUUGGAUGGCACGUAAAGUUCAGGAAUUUAAAUUAUUCGUAAGUAGAAAGCGAUUAUUUCAAAGUAAUGUUUCAGUAGUUAUUGUGUUGGUAGGCUUAUGCGCAUUCAAUUUUACCGUGAAUAUGGGGAUUGCAGAAACAUAAAGUUAAUGCGCUUCGAAAAUGGUGAUUAUUUUCAUCUUGGAAUGAAAUAAAUCAAUUUGUUAAUUUAGGAAAACUAUCUCGAAUCACAAGAAAACUCAGCUAAGAGUAUUUAUUUAUGUAAGCAUGUUAUGGAAAUGGCGGCAAACUUUCAAUUCAUUGGUAAUUUGGGCAAAAAUAACUAUUUUCCAUUCACGUUAGCUAAUUCUACAAUAUGGCGAUGACUAUAAUUAGCGAAAAUUAAACGAAAGCAAGUUUACUUUCAUGAUGACCGCAAUAAACCUAGAA